AUGCCGAGCAGCGCUUGGCACAGGAGCAGCCCCGGGCGGGGCUCAGGGCUCGGCGCCCGGCCCGCCGCCCCCACGGCCAGCCACGCCCCGACCGAACAAAGGCGGCGGUGGCGGCGGGGCUGCUCCACGCAGCGCGACCACUGCGAGGGCGAGCCGGCACCGACCCGGGCCCGGCCGCGUUGGGAGGGCCCCGCACCCCGGCCCCCACGCUCGGCUCGGCCCGGCCCGGCCCGGCCCCGCUCGGCGGCGUGUCGGGAGGAAACGCCGGCUCCGCGGCCGCCGGCCCCUCGGCUCGCCCGCCCCCCGUCUCCUCCCCUUCACGGCCGAUCCUCCGCCCCCUCCUCCUCCCGCUGGCGGCGGCGGCGGCGGCUUUCUCGGCCCGGCUCUCCGCUCUUCCCCGCGGCUUCGCCUCGCUCUUCAGCGGGAGGCUCCGCGCCGCGCCGGCGAAGACGGCAGUGCUGCAAGGAGCCUCUGGGAGUUCCAGGGGGAAGAGACCAGCCUCCUUUGGAGACCUUUGCUACAUGUGAAGAACUUCAAACAAGUCAAGCAGAUAUAUCGGGAGCUCAGAAGUUUUACAUCAAGUUCUGCAGAUCUGCUUCCAGCAGGCGUUACAAGCUGAUGAGCCUCCACUGGAACUUUGCAGUCUGCCAUUCAAAGCCUGAACAAGAGCUCGACACUGUGCUUUUUCAGAUCGCACAAAGGAAGCAAGGAGACUCCCACAUCUUUCAGCGAGAAGAAAGGAGGCAGUGGAGCAGACUAAUACAGACUUGUGUCUGGUGGCCUUGCAGUACAAAGGCUGCCUUUAAAAGAGAAGCGCAGCGUUAUUUAAUGAGCUGUGAGAUGAGGCGCUGCUGCUAACGC